AUGGCGCAAACUGUGUCAGAGAAGGAGAUUGACUCCGCAAGGAGAAGGAUGGCUUCUGUUGCCAACCAUCUUAUGCUAGUUUCUCCGGCAGCUUCCAGUUCAAAAUGUGACUCACUUGAACUAAUACCCAAUGCUGCUUCCAUGAAUGAUAGCUACCAUAGAGUCCAUGGAGCUGUCUCUGAUAAAGAAGUUGUGUGGAGAAAUGUCGCUGCUGCUGAUGGUAAUAAGGACUUCACUGACAUUAUUUAUCAAAAAGCCGUUGGCGAAGGCAUUGCAAAGAUUGCGAUUAAUAGGCCAGAGAGAAGAAAUGCGUUCCGGCCCCAGACGGUUAAGGAACUAAUUGCUGCGUUUAAUGAUGCUAGGGAUGAUAGUUCUGUGGGGGUUAUCAUUCUCACUGGCAAGGGAACCAAGGCCUUUUGCAGCGGUGGCGACCAGGCGUUAAGAACCAAGGAUGGCUAUGCUGAUCCUAAUGACACGGGCCGUCUCAAUGUCUUAGACUUGCAGGUACAGAUUAGGCGUCUUCCUAAACCAGUAAUAGCAAUGGUUGCAGGUUAUGCUGUUGGAGGAGGACAUGUCUUGCAUAUGGUUUGUGAUCUCACAAUUGCAGCAGAUAAUGCUAUAUUUGGCCAAACCGGCCCGAAGGUUGGAAGCUUUGAUGCAGGUUAUGGAAGUUCCAUCAUGUCCCGUUUGGUUGGGCCUAAAAAAGCCCGCGAGGUAUGGUUUCUGACAAGGUUCUAUACUGCUUCUGAAGCAGAAAAAAUGGGCCUUGUUAACACUGUUGUACCAUUAGAUAACUUAGAACAAGAAACAGUGAAAUGGUGUCGAGAGAUUCUAAGGAAUAGUCCAACCGCAAUCCGAGUCCUCAAGUCAGCUCUUAAUGCCGUCGACGACGGCCAUGCUGGACUCCAGGAACUUGCUGGGAAUACGACACUCAUAUACUAUGGUACUGAGGAAGGCAGUGAGGGGAAGACGGCAUUUAUGGAACGUAGACCUCCAGAUUUCUCAAAAUUUCCACGACGACCUUAA